UAUGUGAUAAUCUCAGCAAUGUUUACGAAAGGUUGAGCCAAGCCGAGGCCAAAGCACAGACUGCUCCACCACGCCGGCCUGCUCGCUUUGAUCUGUCACCACCGCUUAGAGACCAGUGAGCCUCAGCGAGGAGAGGCGGGGCUCUGGGCAGAGGCAGGAUAACAGGCGCGGCAGGAGAGGACUGAAGACACAGAGAGGAACGCCUUGGAAAGGAAACAUCUGCAGCCUUCACACUCUCACACUGACAUGAUGGAGCUCUAUCUGGACCUGUUCUCUCAGCCCUGCCGCUCCGUCUUCCUGUUUGCCAAAACUGUCGGGAUUCCCUUUGACGUGAAGCUGGUGGAACUCACUAAAGGGCACCAGUAUGGCGAGGACUUUGGAAAAGUCAACGUCAUGAGGCAGGUUCCUGUCUUGAAGGAUGGAGGCUUCGUUCUGACGGAGAGCACUGCGAUCCUGAGGUACCUGGUGCAGAAGCAUUCGGUGGCAGAUCACUGGUAUCCAGCUGAGCUGCAGCAGCGAGCUCGUGUUAAUGAAUAUCUGUCCUGGCAGCACACGAACCUCAGAGCCCACGGGUCGAAGGUCUUCCUGCUCAGGGCUCUGUAUCCUGUCGUCAUGGGAACCGAGGUCCCGAAGGAGAAGAUGGACGCGGCUCUCGAGAAUCUGAAUCAGUCGCUCACAAUGCUGGAGGAGAAAUUCCUGCAGAACAAACCGUUCAUCAUCGGCGACAAAAUCUCUCUGGCUGAUCUGGUGGCUAUAGUUGAGGUCAUGCAGCCUUUUGGAACCCGCCUGGACGUGUAUGAAGGGCGGCCGAAGCUGAUCGCCUGGAGGGAUCGAGUGAAGAAGGUGAUCGGUGAAAAGUUGUUUGACGAAGCUCACGAGGUGAUCAUGAAGGCGCCCAAUCUGGCGGAGGAGAUGAAGAACAACAUGGACCUGGAGAUGUUCAAACUAAAGCUUCAAAAGAUGUUCAACUGAGUACAAACAGUUUAUACGACUGUGGAUGGUGUCCGAAAAUGAUGUUAAUUUGAAUCUAAUGUCCCAAGUUUUAUUAUCAGCAUCUUUUUUUAAUCAGCCUCCUUUUUUAUCAUUAUCCUGUGCAGGUUUGUCAUGAAGUACUGAGAAAUCAUUUACCCAGCUUCCACGUAUUAAACUGUUAAAGUGUGCACGUUGUGUAAACAUUUGUGUGAAUGUAAACAAAUAUGUUCAUCUGAUUCAGAUAAGCAAGACAAGGCAGCUUGAUAGAUACCUACAGAAAUAAACAGUAUUUGGUCUGCCAACAAAGAAAACACACUUAAUUUUCAUGCUAUAAAUUCUGAAGGAAAUCUAGAAACUGUUCAACAUUUCAGCUGGAAAUAUUCACCAUACCAUCACCAAUAUUCACCAACUCAUUGUGUAUUAAAGUGUUUUCCUCUUGAACUGUUAUGAAUGAAUGCACAUGCACUAUCCCCACACCCCAAAUAUUAAAGUGAUGCAUCAAAAUUAUGAAUAAAAAAACGAUUUUGUCCAUUA